CCCGGCCCGUUAAAGGCCCCGACGAGGGGCGCGCUCGGCACUCGGGCGGGGGCGGCGGGGCCGUGGGCCGGGGCCCGCACCAUGUACACGCUGACGCGCGGCCCCAGCAAGCUCGCCACGCAGCGCCGCACAGGUCCCACGCAGCAGGCGGUGGAGAGCAGCAAACUGGGCGAGCUGCGGGGGCGGCCGCAGCCCGGCCCGUGGCCCCCCGCCAGCCCAGCGCCGAAACUCGUCUUCAACAGAGUGAAUGGCAAGAGGCCCCCACUGCUGCUGCAGCAGAUCUCAGCUCCUGAAGAAUGUUACACCCUGGCCCACGAGGAGAACGUCCGCUUUGUCUAUGAAGCCUGGCAGCAGGUAGAGCAGCAGCUGGACGGGAGCCGGAGUGGGGAAAGCGCCUGUGGCCCCGUGCAGUACGUGGAGAAAACCCCUGACCCUGGACUCAAAGACUUUGUUCCCAUCGAUCUGGAGGACUGGUGGGCACAGCAAUUUCUGGCCAAAAUCGAGAACUGCUCAUAAAAGGGAAGAAAAGGUUGCAUUUGGUUUCUUUAUAAGAGAAAAGAAGCUGUGAGCGCCUGGUCACAACCCAGAAUCAGUGGCAUUUUUGAACCACAUUUUUAAAAGAUGCCCGAAGUGGAGUGACCCAGCGCAGCGGGACCGGACCACAGCCAUGCCUGGCCAUGUGCCCUCCCCAUGCCCGGCAGAGGAGCAGCGUGCGGCCCCAGCCAGGAUUCCUUAAGUGCCAGUUCUCGGACUGCUGCAGCUCCUGCAGCCUCCAGCUCCAGGGACGCUGUGGUGCCAUGCUUGGGACAGGGGAGAGCCUCCCCCCCUGCAGCCGUAGCCACAGGGAGGACAGUGGGGUGCUGUAGCAGGACCGCUAGACAAUAAAGCGCUGAA